UGCUUGCUCUAUGUUAUUAAACCCCCAGCCCCAAAGCACCCAAUCCCAGAGCACCUCCCAGCAGGAUUCCAGGGCUCUCGGCGAACAGGACGUUCCGAGCCUUCGAGCGCCAAAGCUUCCCACGUGCACGUCCUCCCCUCCCACCAGCCUGCCCCUCCCUCCUUCCCCACGUGUCUUCUCUUCCAGCUUGGUCGGCUAACUCACUCAGGAAGCUCAGCUCGGGGAGUGAGGAGGUAGUGGUGGGGCCCGGGACGCGGGAAACGGACCGGGGCAGUAGUGUGCCGCUCGCGGGGCCGGAAAGUCUACGAUUCGGGCAAAAUUUAUAAGGGGAGCCGCGCUCUGAGGAGACGGCGCGCCUCUUGCUCUCGACCGCCCUUCUGCCUCCGCUGAGGCGGCCCCACCUGGGGCUCUCCUCUGGGGAGGUAGGGGCGCUCCGCCGACACCGUCCCGGGCUAGACCCCAAGGAGUCGCUGCGGCUCUCUCGCGUUCCCUGGAGCCCGAGCCGGGGGAUGUUGCUGCUGCUGCUCCCGCCACCGCCGCCGCCGCUGCUGCCUCCGCAGCCCUGGCCCGGCGGGCCUCGGAGUUGCUGCUGCGGCUGUCGCUGCUGCUGCUGCUACCGCUGUCGCGCGAGCCUCGGUGCUGCCCCUGACGCCUCUCCGGCUCAGCCUCUUCGUCAGCUUCCGCAGCAGCGAGGGCGGCGGCGCCGGGCUCCGAGGAGGCGCCGGCGGAGAGGAGAGGCCGGAGCCGGGGCUGCUGCAGCAGCAGCAGGAAGCGGAACUGACCGCUGGCCUUUGCCCCUGCCUUCUCCACUCCUACCGGUUCCCCUCUACCUCCUUCCUAUCCCCGCUUCCCAUUGCGCCCUGGCCCCCCUAUCCCCAGGCCUCGUGCUUUCCCAGGCUCCGGGACCCGAGGCGCAACGGGGUAAGCCAAGCGGGCUGCUGCGAGGCUGGGCGGUCCAAACCUCCGCCUUCUCCUCCUCCUCCUUCUACUGCUCCGCCACCUGGGAGGAGUCCUUCAGCCCUGUCGAGGAGAUGGAUCCCCGGGGAAACGUAGGAAUAAAUUCCAAGAAUUUGAGAAUGAUGUCAAGAAGAAAAAGAAAAAGUAUACAGGGAUGGGAUCCUGAUAAUAUGAUGGCAGACAUGCCAUUUUCUACUAUAGCUAGAAAAGAUGAAUUCCUAUUACCUAUUGGACCUGAAAUAAAUUCAAAGAAGAGACAGGAAAAAAUGGGACCAGGGAAAGAAGACCUAAUGAAGAAGAGGAAUAAAAAGAAAAAAGAUUAUCAACCUAAUUAUUUCCUCUCUAUUCCUAUCACCAACAAAGAGAUUACAAGAGGAAUACAAACCCUGCAAAACACAAUAAUACAGCAAGAUAAGCGGCUGUCCAGAGUAAUGUCCAAUUGUGGUUCUUUCCAUGUUACCCUCCUAGUGAUGCAUUUACUAAAUGAAGAGGAAGUUAACAUAGGUAUAGAUGCCCUUUUGGAGAUAAAAACAUUAAUAGAAGAAAUACUACAAGGAAGGAAUUUAAAUUUGCCUUUUCAAGGAGUUGGUAAUUUUGGAAAUCAGGUUGGAUUUGUGAAGUUGGCAGAAGGAGAUCAUGUACCUGUUCUUCUAGAGAUAGCAGAGGCAGCUAAGAGAACUUUUCAAGAAAAGGGUAUCAUGGCAGGAGAAAACCGAAGUUUUAAGCCCCAUUUAACUUUCAUGAAACUGUCAAAAUCACCAGAGCUCAGAAGAAAGGGAGUGAAAAAAAUAGACCCUGAACUCUAUGAAAAAUUUGCAGACCACAAAUUUGGAGAAGAAUCAUUGUACCGUGUAGACCUUUGUUCCAUGCUGAAGGAAAAGCAAAGCAAUGGCUACUACCAUUGUGAAUCUUCCAUUGUGAUUGGACAAAAAAACAUGUUCUUGAACAAACUGCUCCAAGAAUUUAUCAGUCUAAGAGAGAAUAUUUGUAGAAAGAAAUUCAAUAGUUUUGUGUUUUCGAUGGAAACAUAUUAGAAGGGAGCUAUUUUUUGUAUCCUAAAACAUAAAAGACAUUAAAGGGAACUAAUCUGCUGAAACUGAACUCCUGUCUUUAACUCCAAAGUGUCUGAUUAUUAUUUUUUUAUGAGAACUUGUCUGAUUGGUAUUCCUUGAGGUGAUGUGAAGAGAUUCAAAAAAGAUUCACAUUUAUCUAGGAACUCUAAAAGUUUCAAACUAAGAUAGUUCUCCAUAAAAGAAAGCUUGGAAUGAAACCUACAAAACUAAUCUGUAAGUAUUAGUAGUCUGAAGUUUAUUGGAAGUUUGAAAAAUAUUGGAGUUAAUGCUUUGUUUCCAGAUUUGCAAUAGGAAAUGUCCUCAAGAGCUACCAUAUUUUUCUCCUCAAAACAUGAAUGUCAUAAGCCAGAGAUUCCACAAGUAAUCUAAAUUUCAUACUGUAAAUCUUCAGUAGUAAGAAUAUUUUGGAGUCAAAAGUUUUACAUUAAAAAUUUGCCUCUAUCACUUAAUCUUGUAUGAAUCACUUAACCUCAGAGCCUUCAUUUCUUCAACUGUAAAAUGGGGAUUGAAUGCGAUGACUGAAAGUUCUUUUCUAUCUCCAAAUGCAUAAUUUACAAUUUCAUCAUUAGGAGGAUUUUCUCAUAUUCAAUGUCUUUUGGAUAUCCAUCUAAUUGCUAAGGGGGGAGAGGGCAAAGAUCUUAGUCAUUUAAAGUUUAUCCUAGAGGCAAAAAACCAUCACACUUGGAAAUGAAUGGCACUAUAAGCCUUAAAAUAACACCUCUAUGAAUCAAGUAAGAGUUUACUAGUAAAUAAAUGCUCAUUCAGCUGUUUCAGUGUACUAUUCAGUUUAAACUAUCAUUUAUCUUUGAAUUAACUGACUAUUUCUGCUUUUGUUAGAGUACACUUUCUAUUAAGAAAAUGCCUUUCAUAUAUAUUGGGCAGAGUUGUCUCUAUUGCUUUGCCAGCCUAGAUUGGUUGUAAUCAAAUCCAGCCUUUAUUUCUUGGAGCUUGAAUCAAGGAUUUUCUUUAACAGGGUACACUGAAACUUCCAUUGAUAUUUUUAAGACCUAGUGACAUUUUAUAUUCAACCCUCCUUAUUAGGUAAAGAAUCAGUUGUUAUUUUCAAUCAAGUUUUAGAUUUUCUCCUUCAUUGGAAUGGAUAUAUGAUGCAUGUCAGUUGAGAUGAGGGCACUAGAGCUCAGAAAACAAAGCAGGGAUGAAAUUUGCUGAAUGGAGCAGGUGAUGGUGAUCAAGGCAGAAAUGGAGUCAGAAGCCAAAUAAACAGAUUGGACACAGAUACAAGUAGACCCAUCAAGGCAGGAAUUCUCAGCUCCAUGAGAAGAGUUCCUAGCUAGGAAAUCCACAGGAACUGGAGGGAGAAGACGCGAACAGAUAGCAUGCACCAGCAGCAAAGAAACAAUCAAGAGACUAAAUCAACAGUCAUACUAAUGAGGACCAGGCCUGAGCAAGCCUGGCCUAAAGGCCUGGAGCUGGUGAAAGCUGAAAACAGCUACUUGACUAGUUAUUGGAGGUGAAAAAGAGACACGUGGUCCUCCAGUAGGAGCUUUUCCCUGACAGUUGAUCUUCUGAUAUAUUUUGAUACUCUAUUGGUUGUUUGUAGAUCAUUUCAUCAUGUACUUUAUUAAUCCUACACAGAAUGAUGGGCUCCAUCAGGUUCCUGUGUAAGUGAUUAGGUGAUUGAAUUAAUUGUCUUAAGUAUUUUAGUAGGAAGGUCUUGAUAUCAUCAUCAGGAUCAUAAGAAGUGUUGAUAUAUACAUGAGUGUCUUUUGGUAAGUUAGACGGUCCUAUAGGUGGUAUAUGGAGUGUAUCUCCGAUGAUUAUUUAGUUUUUGUUGUAAAUAUUAUUUGGUGAUGAUAAAGAAUGAGUGAUGAAAACAUUAGGAACAUAUAUAAUCUUUAUUGAUGACAACAACAAUGAUCAUGUAAAUGAAGGCAUUUACUAAUUUUGCUAGAUUAAAUUUAUUUGAUGAUAAUGUUUCUAAACAACUGACUUAGAAACUGUCUGUAGUUAUCUUUCCUAAGCAAUCAUAACUGCUGUUUUGACUCCCACUUUGACUGCCUUAGAACAUAAAAAUAUAGGACUAAUAUGUGUGAGGCACUGUGCUAAAUUAUAUUAUACACAUGGCUUCUUUUAAAGACCUUUACCUACAACUAAAUUAUCCUUGCUGAAAAGUGUUUCUCCUGAGGUCUUCCUCCAUAGCUGGACCAAAGUCAUCUAGAUGUAUUUUUAGGCAGUUAGAUGGCACAGUGAAUAGAGUGCCAGGUUUGGAGUCAGGAAGACCUGACCCCAAAUCCAGCCUUGGCCACUUACUAGCUGUGUGAUCCCAGACAACUCACUUAACUAUGUUUGCCUCAGUUUUUUUAUCUGUAAAAUGAGCUGGAAAAGGAAAUAUCAAACCAUUUCCAGUAUCUUUGUCAAGAAAUCCCAAAAUUGGGGUCACAAAAAGUCAGACAUGACUGAAAACAACCAAACAACAAUGUAUAUAUGUAUGUGUUUAACAACAUAUAUGUAUUCACACACACAUCUGCUUCCUAGCCUUUUGAAAGCUAUAGCUUUGAUUAUGAAUUUGAUGUAUAAAAAUGUUGGCAGUAAUAAGUUUUACUCUUAAGGUUUAUUAUCAAGUUACUAUAUGAGAAAGCCAAAAAGGCUAGGUGACUUUAAAGACUGAAUGCACAGAGAUAAAUGAAGAGAUAUGGAGGAUCACAGAAGACCAUGAUUAAAAGAAAAAACCUUGAAUAUUAUACAACAAGAAAUAAUACAAGAAAAAUUUCAAAGAAGUUCUGAAAAGUCAAAGUAUUAAGAGAUCAAAUUCACAUAUUGUUGCCAAGGUGAAGGAGAAAACCAAAUACCUAUGCUGCAAAUUCUCAGACCCAAUAUGAAUGAUCUUCACAAUUUGAUAACAAACAACAAAUUUGGCAGUCUUAACUAGAAAAUAGCACAUAAAAUAUGAAGGAAAGGAUAAUUCCAAUAAUUGAAGCAUUGCUCUGUUACUCAACUAUUUGAUAAGAGACUUAAAGUAACAUUUUGAAAAACCUAAGAGUUCAAAUUUUAAUCCAGAAUGACAUACCCUGCAACCCUGAGCCCACUUAUUUAAAAAAGUAAACAUUAGAAAGCUCAUUUGAAGCAUUUCUUAAGAGCACACAUACACACACACACACCCCCCAUAAACUGAUUACAGACUUAUAAACACUUCAAACAACAGAAACACAGUAAAGGUAAUUAAGUACAAUUAUCAAUAAAAUAUUAAAGAUUAAGAUAAACUUUCUUCCGUUUAAAGGUUAUUUUUCUUUAAUAUUGAUAUGUUGAUAUUCAAGAAAGAAUACAGAAGAAUCAUCAAGUCAAAGUCAAACCAAUAAUAUAAGGGAAAUGUAAAUAGCAAAAGAUAGGGAGCUAGAAUGUUUGAAAGACUGAAGUCCUUGAUUACCUAUAUUUGAGUCAGAAUUUUUUUGUGGGAGGAAAACCUAGUGGAAAGUUACAUCAAUGGGAGAAAGGAGGUAAGUUACAGAGGGUAGAGGAUGAUGCACUCACACAAACCUUGUAGGCAGUUAUAAAAUGGAUAAUUUCUUUUACUUCUCACGAAGAUAGAGUAGUGCUCUGGAAGCAUAACAUUAAAGCAACAGAGGGGAAUGGGAUGAAGGAAGCAGAGGAGUGAGAAGGUAAAAAUCUGAAUCCUAGAGGGAGAAAACAAAAGGUGCCAUAAAGAGGAGGAAUGACUAUGGCAAGAGUUUAGGGACAUCAUAUUUGGUUUCAUCUGGGGAACUGGUAUGUUAGGAAGUUACUUACUCUGAUAAUUUAUUAUAGCUACAUGGACAAUAAUUCCACCCUAUUGAAAGGGCAGCCAGCACCCAUGGUAGUUUUGGUGGGGAAUCCUAGAAGCAGAAAUAAAGUAACAUGUUGUCAGUAAGGAGAAAUAGCAUCGCAAGGGCAGGAGGUAGGAGCAGUACUCAUAACUUGAGCUUAGAGUGAUUCUUACCACAUAGCAUCACUUCCAUCCUUCAUGAAUUGAACAUACUACACAAAUACACAUACCCCUCUGAUCUUAUCUUCCUAAGAAAGUGAGGCUGAGGGUAGGCAACUUACCCAAGAUUACAUGCCUUGUAAGUGUCCCAGAAAGGAGUAGAUCCUAUGUCUACCUGACUCCUAGAUCCAUCACUCUAUACACGAGAACAUAACAUAGGCAUGGGGUAGAAGGAAUUAAAACCUGGGAUUUUCACUUUCAUGACUGACAUAGAAUAAAGAAGCAACAAGUAAUAAUAUAAAAUAAAAAAAUGAAA